ACGGGCUCCACACCGCCGCUUCCGCAUCUUUUCCCUGCAUGUCUGUUUUUUUCUCCCAGAAAAACAAAACUUCUUCGGGAGAAAACACCAACUUUUAACUCCUCAGUAGAUCCACUGAGUCCCUCCGCGAGGUUUUCUGCUUCACCCCGGACAGGAGCGUCAGUGUCCGGAUCUGAAUGGCCACAGCUGCCGAGGAGCCUCCGGGGCUGCAGGGACACCAGACUGCCAAUUCGACUGGGACUCGAAAAAAUGGCUCUGCCGAGGGUCCAGCUCUCACCAUGACUCCGGCCAUGAAAAAAACUAUUGGCCAUCGUGGAAUUGAUCACACGGGGGAGACGACCUACAAAAAAACAACAUCAUCAGCGUUGAAAGAUGCUAUUCAGUUAGGCAUCACGCACACGGUGGGCAGCUUGAGUCAAAAGCCGGAGAGAGAUGUGCUGCUGCAGGACUUUGAGGUGGUGGAAAGUAUCUUUUUUCCAUGCGAGGGCAGUAACCUGACUCCAGCCCACCACUACGGAGACUUCAGGUUCAAAACAUACGCCCCCAUCGCCUUUCGCUACUUCCGAGAGAUGUUUGGGAUCCGGCCCGAUGACUACAUGUUUUCUCUGUGUAACGAGCCGCUGAUCGAGCUGUCAAACUCUGGGGCCAGUGGGUCCCUGUUCUACGUCUCCAGCGACGACGAGUACAUCAUUAAGACCGUGCAGCGCAAAGAGGCCGAAUUCCUCCAAAAACUGCUGCCCGGAUACUUCAUGAACCUGAACCAGAACAAGCGGACCUUAUUACCAAAGUUUUACGGACUUUACUGCGUGCAGGCCGGCGGUAAAAACAUCCGCAUAGUGGUCAUGAACAAUCUGCUGCCGAGCGCUGUGCGCAUGCACCUCAAGUUCGACCUGAAGGGCUCCACCUACAAGCGCCGGGCCUCGGCCAAAGAGAGGGAGAAGAAAGUGCCCACAUUUAAAGAUCUGGAUUUCAUGCAGGACAUGGCUGAUGGGCUCAUACUGGACGCAGACAAGUACAAUGCAGUUUGCAAGACCAUCCAAAGAGACUGUUUGCUGUUGCAGAGUUUCCAGAUUAUGGAUUACAGCCUUCUGGUGGGCAUUCACAACUUAGACCAGGCCUGUCGAGAGCAUGCUGGCGAGGAGGCUGCAGCCGGGGCGGCGGACCAGAGGAGGCCUCAGGGCCAGAAGUCGCUGUACAGCACAGCCAUCGAGGCCAUUCAGGCGGAGACGGGGAGCGUGGGAUCACUGGACACAGAGGACAAGACGGGAGGAAUUCCUGCACGAAAUGCAAAAAACCAGAGGCUGCUGGUGUACAUCGGCAUCAUUGACAUCCUGCAGUCCUACAGAUUGGUGAAGAAACUUGAACACUCCUGGAAAGCUCUGGUUCAUGACGGAGACACGGUGUCGGUUCACCGGCCGGGUUUCUAUGCCGAUCGCUUUCAGAAGUUCAUGUGCAAUACAGUCUUUAGAAAGGUUCCCCUGAAGUCGUCCCCGUCAAAGAAACGCCGCGCCGUCACGCACGGAACAGCGAGAAGAGCCGCCGGCGCCGGACCUUCUCUGUCCACCCAAACCAGCACCACCAGCCAGCCGCCCUCACUCCAGCACCAGCUCAGCUCCGACGCCAGAGAGGACUUGGACGUUGACAGCGCCCUGCUGUCAGGUCGUCCCGACCUCCUCCCGAAGACCUUACCGCCCAGCAGCGCCGCUGGCAGCAGCGCCGACGACCCCCUCUUCACCUCUGCUCCCUCUGCGGGAAACCCUGGACCCGCUCCCACCAGUCAGGCCCCGCCACGUCCUCUAGACACUGCCAGGCUCGUGGAAACAGCCUUAAACAACAUAGCAACCAGAGAGAAGGGCAACGGCACCACCAAGAGAGCUCAGGCUGGGGGUCUUGAAGAAAGCUUUGGAGCGGAGGAAGGCAUCGCGCUUGAAGAUAUUGUUCCUAAUGCCGGCCAAUGCUCUGUGUAGGUGUGGAAACUGAAACAAACUUGGAGGAUUCUCAGAGGAAAUGCUGAAAUGUUACAAACCCCCUUUGGAGGUAUCACAAUUGAAAAGAAGAAACAAAAAAAAAAAGCAG